GCUGAAACUAAAUAAAGGAAUCCGUCAGUAAAAUCCAAUUCCAUGUCCCCUCCAAAAAUUUUGAAAGGUGUUUGGCUGCAUAAUGAUUUUCUUUACUCAACACAGUAAUUAUCUCAUUUUAAUUCAUGCGGGAGAUUUUGAUUCAUUUUAGUAUUCUUCGUUAUAAUCUCUUCUGGUUCCUCUGAAUCCACCUCUGAACCCUCUGAAUCCUCUCUCGCCUCUGAAUCCUCCUCGGAAUCCUCUGAAUCCUCUCUCACCUCUGAAUCCACCUCUGAAACCUCUCUCACCUCUGAAGCCUCCUCUGAAACCUCUUUCACCUCUGAAUCCUCCUCUAAAUCCUCUUUCACCUCUGAAUCCGCCUCUGAAGCCUCUUGGAGCUCCUCUUGGGCCACCUCUCAUACCUCUAAAUCCACCUCUGAAUCCUCUGGGGGCUCCUCUGAAUCCUCUUGGGGCUCCUCUGACGCCUCUAUGGCCUCUGAAUCCGCCUCUAGGUCCACCUCUAGGUCCACCUCUAGAUCCACCUCUAUAUCCACCUCUUCCUUCAUAUCCUCUUGUUUGGUCUUGGUCAUGUACCUCUAAGACUUCCUUGUACUCUUCAACUAAGGUCUGAUCGAUUGGAUCUUGGUAUCCUUUGGACUCCUUAUCAAGAGGUUCCUUAGAAAGAGUAAUCUCGAGCAUGACAAUUCUUCUCUCAAUGUUUUCUCCGUUCCUGUCAGUGUCAGUCACGGUGAGGUUUGAGAUCUUACUGUCUUGGCACAAUCCCUUGAUUCUUCUCUUGAUUAACUCGACGAGUGGGACAAGUCUUGAGAUAGCUCUUCCUGCAGCCUUUAGAACAACAGAUUGGUAGUGCUCCUCGUCCUUCUCGAGAGUGUGAUAGACAUACCUAAGGUAACUAGCAACUCUGGUGUUCAUCUUUACUCUAACCUCAUUUUUGGGUGGACCUUCCUGUUCUUUGGACAUCUUUUUGAUUUUAAUAU